CCCGUCACUCUGAAGUGGAGGCGCGACUGCCUGGAUCGACCGUUAACGCGCUCUUGCUCAUUAAUCAAUAUCAAGCCCGCCACUGCUGGCGAAGUUUUGCCCUCAACUCUAUACUGUCUCAAUUUUGCUCUAUUACUACGAACCCUCAUUGCUGACACUUUCCGAGUUCUUCAUGUGUACAUAAAUUUUGUUCUGUUUUCAAGCAUUCACCAUGCCUGCCCCAGGCGAUCAGCACACUGCAGUGACGAAUCCUUUCGAGGAGCCGCGUCUACGAGUCGCCGAAUGGGCUGCCAAGGACAUUGCAACUAUCUCAGCGAAACUGGAUAAACAACUUGGCCCCGAGUACAUUUCUGCCCGUGCAGGUCCUGGUGGCACCAAAGUCCAUUACCUAACUGCUGAGAAGUGUAUCACCUUAGCGAAUGAAGUUUUUGGCUUUAAUGGAUGGUCGUCCUCCAUUCAAAACAUUCAGGUUGACUUCGCCGACGAAAACCCUCAAACACAGCGCGUCAGUAUCGGUUUAUCGGUCAUCGUCCGAAUUACACUACGCGAUGGCACCUACCAUGAGGAUAUCGGAUACGGAUCCAUCGAGAACGCAAAAGGAAAGGCAAUGGCUUUCGAAAAGGCUAAGAAGGAGGGCACUACCGACGGACUGAAACGCGCCUUGAGGAGCUUUGGUAACGUUUUGGGCAACUGCAUAUACGACAAAGACUACGUGAAACAAGUCACCAAAAUGAAAGCCGAGCCCGUUAAAAAGUUCGAUCAAGACAAUCUCCACCGCCACGCCGACUUCAUCAAGCGUGAUGUUGUAAGACAAGAGCCAGCCGCUGCCGCUACUUCAGAGGCGCCUGCUGCGCCUGUGGUCAAGACAGAGCCGGUGCCGCCACUCCCUGUUGCAGAGUCAUUUGACGAUUAUCUUGGAGAGCUUGACGAGGCAGACUUCUGUGUUCCAGAAGAUGGCCACCCGGACGAAAUUAUGCUUUCAACAUCAAUCUUGGGCCAACCUGCAAAUGAGAAACCCGCCAACAGAACAGCAGCCCAACAAAUUCAGCAACAAACUGGCAGGUCGAAUUCUACUGGACCUCCGAAUCGAGCACCGCAAACUCCGAUUCAUGGACAGCAACGUCCAACCCCCCCCAAUGGUGCAGCCACACUUUCCAAUCGCCCACAAGGUGGACCUUCGGGACGAACAACUCCAAACCAUAUCGGCAACCCUCGUCCGCCACCCAAUGGACCUCAAAACAUGCCCGAAACCGUAGGGUUCUUCUCUGCAAAGGCCGUGAAUCAACUGCCAGAAUCCACUCUAGAAGGUUCGAGUAAUGCUCGUCUUGCUUUGCCACAGGGGCAGCAGGCCUUCAACCCCAAGGCAGAAAGUCCAUCUAUUCGAAAAACCCCUGGUAUCGACCACACUUCAUCCAAACCUGUUGCAAGGAAUGGCCAACAUGUUGCUCCGACCAAUAGUCAAGCAACAGUGGCACCUGCUACACGCUCUAACACGAAUAGCUUUACCCCAGUGCGACCAUCCAUGUCCAGCUCCCAGAGCGCACGCGGAAAUGUGAUAAACCCCUCGCUCGAUCAGACUCGUCGAAUUGGCGCCCCUUCUGGUCCAGGCAGUCCACUCGCAAAUAGGGGCAGCUAUCGACCCCCGGCAAUGAAACGACCUCCUCCAGCGGAUGGGAGAACUGCACUAGCCGACCUCCCUGCUAACGGAAAUGGAGGGACAGCACCAACUGUAGCAAGCGGAUUGGAAGCAAAGCGACAGAAGACGGGAUAGGCCUUUUGGGCCGGAGUUUGGGUUCAGACAGACAAUGAAUGGCAUGAUCGCUAGGCGUACCGGUGUCUUCAAGGAUUUGUGUUAGGAGCUCAGGUCUGGGAUGUUUUUUUUAAAAGGAAUCAAAUAAUGAACGGAAUGCAACUUGGGCUCUAGAAUUAACUGUCAGAUACCAUUUCCUGUCUGGAAAUUACGAUCCGACUGGGUGCGUUGUAAACAAGUAUAAAUGUCGAGUCAUGCUGUUGAGAAUGAUAUGACAGUCAACAAAAGCUGCUGCUCUGUUGAGUUUCUGGGACAGAUGUCUCUGGUCAUCAUUGGCGCGUUGUUAUUUCAUCUAUCAUCGUAUUGUUACAUGGCUAAGCCGAGUUGAUGUACAAGUGCCUCAUCCCGAAGACAUUCGAGAUGCUCUAUUCAGGGUAGUGAAAGUGUUUCAUGUGUCUUCUUUUGCUUUCAGGUCAGCUUAGCGAGUCCCGAUUGAGCCUGUUUCACUGCAUGUGGAAAGCCAAGCUUGCCCGCCAUUUCUAUACACUGCUUGUACUUCUUGCGAGCCAAGUCAUUGUUGCCCAACAUGGCUGCGACAUCGCCCCAGUUACACAGAGCAACAGCGCAAGCCUCGUCGCAUUCGUCUGUACGCUCGUCGCCACUAACAUCCUUUGCAUGCUUAUAAGCGUUCUUGGCCCAGUUCUGCGCAGCUUCUAAGCACUCUUUUCGAGUGGCGGGCAUGGCAGGGUCAUGCAGCUCCUUAAUCAUCUCGGAGGGCUCGCUGGUAGGCGGAACAAAUAUGGGAUGUUGGGCGAAACUGACAGCGAGGUUGUUCAUAAUGAUGGGGCGGUGGCAGGGCGUUUCGCAAAGACGAAGAGCUUGGAAGAAAAGAGGGAUCGCGAGAUGGAACUGGUUCUUGCGCUCAUAGUCACGACCCAAAGAUUCCAUAGCGCCACCCAUUUGUUCUGGGCUUAACCAGUCACCCUCUCCAGGCUUAAUACCCUCCUCCUUGCGGCGACGGAAUUCUUUUAAAGCGGUUUCAACAGCCCAAAUGAGGUGCUUCUGAGAGUUGUCAGGGUCAAGAACGUGUUCGUCGGCGUAUAGCUCUCCAAGUUUGAUAGCAAUCCCAACAGUCUUAGUAAGAAGACGUUGCCUCUUAUGCCAUAAGCUUUCGGGUAUGAACUCCCCGUCAGUCGCUUCUUGCUCAUUGGGAGAAGUGGUAUCGUUCGCAACGUGGGUCGAAGAGGCCUCAGGCGUCUCGGAUGCAGGCUUGACAAGUCUGCCGUCAUCGUUGACUUUGCCUUCCUUGACGGACUGCUCCAUAACCCGAAUCCACCUGUUACAAUCGGCAAGGAUACCCUCAAGAACCUGCAAGCAGCCGCUGUAAUUUCCGAUCUUCUGCAGCCAGUGUGAAGUCUGGAUACGAAUACCAAGAACUUCGUCAGAGUAGGGAUCUAGGCCAUGCUCUGCGCAUUGAUCCAUGGCGCGUUUGUAAUACUUGAGAGCCAGUUCGGAAUCGGGACUGAUGUUGGUAUAGUAUAGAGCUCGUCGUAAAGAGUUUGCGAUGGGCUUUGGGUAUCUUGUGAAUUGGUAGUGGUAGAAGUAGUUGAAGUAGAGGUAGACGGUGUAUGCGCCAAUGACUGACACCACGCCGAGGCUGAUAUCGUUACCAUAAGGAAAUGGCCAAGGGUGUGCUCUGGGACUCACAUGAAGAUUCCUAGUGUUGUUGCGCCUGGGCUCUGCCGGAACGCUGUCUUGAUACCGGUUGGACUCAUGGCGACUACAAGACUACGUAGGCCAGCAGCAAGAGCACGACCAGCGAAUUGACGGAAUGUGAUCUGUGGUUGUGUCGGUUGACUUUUCUUGGGCAACUGGUUCUUUCUGGCUUCAAGGUCUCCAUCGUGGCGAUUAUUUGACGAAUUGCUUGUUUGGAAUCGACGCUGGUCCGGCCGAAGGCCAACAACAGCGUAGAAGUUGACCGUGGAUGUUCGUGACCGUAAUUGGACGGAUAACAGGCCGGAAGCCGGAUGCUGCCAGCACCUCCGACGGAGGGGUCUCAGCGAUGCAACUGCUGAUACCGACAUGGUAAGCCGGUUGACGAGUUCCUCGGCGAGCGAUGGCCGGGGAUUCUUUUUGUGUGGUUGUGGUGGUGAUG